GGGGGAGCCUGGGUCCUGGGGAGCUUCCCCUGCCCCCCCCAGCACCGCGGCGAGACUCGCGCCCCCCGCCGGAUCCCCACCUCCGCGCCCGCCCCGCGGGCUGAGCGGCCCGACCGGGGCCCGCCCCCGGCGCCCACCAUGUAUGCCUUUGUGCGGUUCCUGGAGGACAACGUCUGCUACGCGCUGCCCGUGUCGUGCGUGCGCGACUUCAGCCCCCGCUCGCGGCUGGAUUUUGACAACCAGAAGGUGUACGCCGUUUACCGGGGCCCGGAGGAACUGGGCGCCGGGCCUGAGAGCCCCCCGCGCGCCCCCCGCGACUGGGGAGCGCUGUUGCUCCACAAGGCCCAGAUCCUGGCGCUGGCAGGCCGUUGGUACCUCCUUGGAGUGAGGAGCAAGAAGGAUAUUGUCCGAUCCUCUAGGUGGGAGCCCCUCCUCACAGAGGGAAGCUAUGACAUCCUUGUCCCAUCCGGGCCAACAUUGGACAGGAUGAGGAGGCAAUGAACCUCAGUGCACUGGGCGCCACACCACACUCUCCCGCCCCUCCCUGGCCGGGUGGCAGAGAAGACAAAUCUGACCUUGAAAACAGUGUGAUGCAGAAGAAAAUAAAAAUCCCCAAGCUUUCUCUUAAUCAUGUAGAAGAAGAUGGAGAGGUUAAAGAUUAUGGGGAAGAAGAUUUACAGCUUAGACACAUCAAGGAUUGUCUGGGGAAAUAUUGAGCUGCAGUCCAAGAAAGUCCCAGCUGCCCUUGCCUGAACUGAUUCUCGUUGUCCUACACAGAGACCUGAGGGGCGUAAGCCGAGCGAAGUGGCGCACAAGAGCAUCGAGGCAGUGGUGGCUCGGCUAGAGAAGCAGAACGGCCUGAGCCUGGGCCAUAGCACGUGUCCGGAAGAGGUCUUCGUGGAGGCCUCGCCAGGCACAGAGGACAUGGACAGUCUAGAAGAUGCUGUGGUGCCCCGGGCUCUGUAUGAGGAGCUGCUGCGCAACUACCAGCAGCAACAGGAAGAGAUGCGCCACCUCCAGCAGGAGCUGGAGCGGACUCGGAGGCAGCUGGUGCAACAGGCCAAGAAGCUCAAGGAGUACGGGGCACUUGUGUCUGAAAUGAAGGAGCUCCGUGACCUUAACCGGAGGCUCCAGGAUGUGCUGCUCCUGCGGCUUGGCAGCGGUCCCGCCAUUGAUCUGGAAAAAGUAAAGUCAGAAUGUCUCGAGCCCGAGCCGGAGUUACGGAGCACUUUCAGUGAGGAAGCAAAUACGUCGUCCUAUUACCCUGCUCCUGCGCCUGUCAUGGACAAGUAUAUCCUAGACAAUGGCAAGGUCCAUCUGGGAAGCGGGAUUUGGGUUGAUGAGGAGAAAUGGCACCAGCUACAAGUAACCCAAGGAGAUUCCAAGUACACGAAGAACUUGGCAGUUAUGAUUUGGGGAACAGAUGUUCUGAAAAACAGAAGCGUCACAGGAGUCGCCACAAAAAAAAAGAAAGAUGCAGUCCCUAAACCACCCCUCUCGCCUCACAAACUAAGCAUCGUCAGAGAGUGUUUGUAUGACAGAAUAGCACAAGAAACUGUGGAUGAAACUGAAAUUGCACAGAGACUCUCCAAAGUCAACAAGUACAUCUGUGAAAAAAUCAUGGAUAUCAAUAAAUCCUGUAAAAAUGAAGAACGAAGGGAAGCAAAAUACAAUUUGCAAUAAACUUUGGAUUUUUCAUAAAGCUUUCGUGUUUUCCUUGUGUGGCAUGUGAUUUGCGAGCGAUGGUGCCGUCCAAAUCAGACCCCACCAUGCGUGGUGGUGUGUGGGCAGGGAUCCAUCGGGUUCUGGGGUCAGCGGCUUGUUCUGAGUGUGGACACUCCAAAGAAGACAGAUGGCUUUGCUGAGACUCAGGAGCAGCCUGGCACUGGUGUCCUUCUGGGAAUGGGGAAAACACUCUUCCUGGAGGGGGAUAAGGUUGCCUGAGUUGCCUGUCACUUGACUGGAUUUGAAUGGAUAUUUUUACCAUCCAAGGACUUCUUUGUGGCUCUAUUUUGUUCUAUAAUAAAUUUUCAUGAAUUCUUUGA